AGAUGGCCCGCUGGCGUCGACAGCGGCGCACUCCAGAGCCAGAGCCGCCGCAGAGGCCGUAGGCUUGCGGCGGUUUCAUCAGCUCAGCGCUGCGCGGCGGCACAACGAGACCCUGACGCAGCUCCUGGCGUUGCCACCCGAAGACCGGGCCAAAGCACUGGCGACGAUGCGAGCCAAAGCGGUGGAAGAGGAGAUGAGGGCAGAAGGCAAGUGCGAGAAAUGCAUGAUGCAGAACCAGUACUGUAUUUGCGAGUCGAUUCAGACGAUCCGCAACAAGUCUGAAGAUGAGCUGAAUCGAUGGAACAUGAGAUUUGUUGUAUGGAUGCAUCACAAGGAGAGGAGACGAGCAUCAAACACUGGAAAGCUGUUGAAGCUCGUGAUGCCCGACAAAACUGACAUCUUGGUUCAUGGUGUUGCAGAAGAUGACCAACUUCUAAAAGAGCUGAUCCAAGAUAGCCGCAACCAUUGCUUCGUGGUGUACCCAUCAGAAGAUGCUGUGCCGCUCACAGCACUUUUCCCAGCGACUGGACCGACUGGAGCGACUGGAGAAAGCUCUGCCCAAGUUGCUGAAAUCGUUCCCGUGGCAGUUCUGAUUGACGGCACUUGGAACCAAGCGCAGCGGAUGCACAAACACUUCGAAGCUAUGCAGCAUGUGGUGGUUUUCCCUACAGGUCAGUCCAAAUUCCAUUGGCGUCGUCAAUCUCAAGAGGGUCGCAUCAGUACCGUGGAAGCGGCUGCUUUGGUCCUGGAGGAACUGGGUCAAAGCGGAGACGGCGAUGCUCUGCGGAACGCCUUGGCAAUUUUGAUGGAUGCCCUGGGGCGCCAAUGCCACCAUGACACACUAUUCAAUCAUGAACUACCUGAGCCAACUGGAAAGAAAAAGUUUGCAUUGGGAGCCAAGAAGAUUCAGAAGAUCCUUCCGGGACAAAGAGGGAGUUCCAGCAUUUGUGAUGAUGACUUGGGGCAGUGGGCGAGGGGUUGGCAACCGUGGGCGAGGACAGGAUGUGGCAUGAUGCGGCAUGUUCCAAUUGCUGCAAGGCCCUUCACCAACUUUGGUGGCGAGUCCGUGGAUUACCCUGAGAGCCAGGUACUGCGGUUCCUUGCUGCCGAUGUUGGAUGUAUUUGCCGAAAGAACCAGAAGAAAUACAUUCCUUUGACUACUUUGAAGCGUCGCUUGUUUGUCUUCGUUUUGCUGAUGCUCGAAACCUUUCUUUCCAAGCCUUCAGCUCAAGAUCAGGAGCUGCUUCAACCGUGGGUUCUUUUGCUUUCUGCCAAGCCGGGCAGUUGCAGUAUCAGUUACCCAAAGCAGCGCAUAGGUGCCGGCCGUCGCGAAGUCCUAUCAGUGCUUGCCGUGGCACCUGUCUUGAGCAGCGUUCCAGAUGCUGCUUUUGCUAAAGACCUGUCCGGCAACUACGAUGAUCCAGAAUAUCCUGGAUGCAAAAGGAGAAUCAUCACUCUGAACGAUGGCGAAGUACAAGUCAACAUGAAGGAUCCUGACCGAGGAAGAUCUUGCAAGGGAAAGCAAGAAGUGAAAUAUGUUUUGAAAGGUUCCGUUUCCGGCGAUCAAGUCACCAUUGACUUUGCUGAUAGAGGCGGUGGCAAAGUUGUUGCCAAGUUCGAUGGCAAGACCCUCUCGUUUCCUGAUGGCAAAGCCUGGACACGUAUCAGUGGCCUUGCCAAGAAGUCCAUCAAAAACAAGGCCGUUGUGGGGACCA